AUGAAGUCUUGGUCGAGGGAGGUGUGGAGCAGGGAGUCGAAUUGGAUAGGGUACGUGGCCGUGGCCAGUGAGGAGGGGCGCGCGGUUUUGGGGAGGCGGGACAUUUUGGUGGCGUGGAGAGGCACGAUUAGGACGCUCGAGUGGAUGAACGAUUUUGAGUUUGCUUCGGUCUCGGCUCCCGAGAUCUUCAGAGGGGACGUGGGACCGAAGGUGCAUCUCGGGUGGUACUCUGUUUACACGUCGGACGAUCCAAAGUCCCCGUUUAAUAAGACAAGCGCGCGGGACCAGGUUCUUACUGAGGUGAACCGAUUAGUCGAGCUCCCGCGAGUUGGGGACGACAAGUUUCGUAAAUUCUUCUCGACAUUACAAGACAUCUGUGUCCUGCGCGUUCGGAAUGCCCGGGACGUGGUCCCCACGUACCCCUUCGUCGGGUACUCGGAUGUGGGCCAGGAGCUGGCGAUCGACACGGAGAAGUCAGGCUACCUGAAGGGUUUUUCGGGGAAUCUGGACACGUGGCACAGCUUGGAGAUUUACCUGCACGGGGUGGCCGGGACGCAGGGGAGCAGAGGGGGGUUUAGGCUGGAGGUGGAACGAGAUAUAGCGCUCGUCAACAAGCAUUUGGAUGGUCUGAAGGACGAGCAUUGCGUGCCGGUUGGGUGGUGGUGCGAGAGGAAUAAGGGGAUGGUGCAGAAGGAGGAUGGGUCUUGGGAGUUGGUGGAUCAUGAGGAUGAUGUUGAGUUUUGA